UAACAAUACCAUUACAGAAUCCGGUGUUGAUUAUUGAUUCUCUGAGUCACUACCGACGGUAAUAUAUGAAUUUAAGGGUUAAAGUUUAAACUUGUUAUUUCUAGUUUUCAUAAAUAUUUUGUGUUGAAUACAUGUAUGGACAUGGACAUGGACAUGGACACGGACACGGACACGGACACGGACACGGACAUGGAACCUCUACUCGAUACCCUUACGCAUGUUCCGAAGCUGGUUAUUUUUGAUUUAGAUUAUACAUUAUGGCCAUUUUGGGUUGAUAGUUUUCCACAACCCAUUCAAUUUCAAAAAGACAGUUCUGGUAAAGUUAUAGAUUACCGAGGACGUGAAGUUAAACCUUAUUGCGAUUCUCACAACAUUUUAUUAUUUUUACAAAGCCAUAAUAUCACAUGUGGUGUUGCUUCAAGAACUGAAGAAAAGGUUGCAGCUGAGCAACUUAUUACUUUAUUUGGUUGGGAUAAAUUUUUUAAGUACAAAGAAAUGUUUUUUGUAGAUUCAAAAAUCAGUCACUUUGAUAAUAUACGCACAAAAAGCGAAAUUGAUCUUGAGGACAUGUUAUUUUUUGAUGAUGAACCACGUAAUAUUUAUGAGGUGCAGCGCUUUGGUGUUGUAGCAUAUCUAGUGGAAGAUGGAAUAACAAUGCGAAAUUUUAUCGAGGGGAUGAUCAAGUUUUCAGAUAAAAAAACAGAAUAUCUUGCUUCUAUGGAAAAAAAUAUGUAAAAAAAUAUGGAAAAAAAUAUGAGAAAGAAAAGAAAACAUUGAAGAAAUACGAACAAAAUGCUAUUAAUAAAUAAUUGGAAACAAAGUAACAUAAAUUCGAAAUUGUAGACCAGACCACAUCAGUGAUAAUAUAAAUUUCAUAUUAUUUAAUUAUAAA